AGCAGCUCUGCUUUCUUCAAGGAAGGGAGGCUGCAGGCAUCCGUGGAGGGGAUGUCGGGACUGGAGACCCUGCAGGGCGGCGGGGCAGCGGUGCCCCAGGACGUGAAGGGGAAGCUUCCUUGCUACCGCCUCUGACCUCCCUGAGCAAAUGGAGCUAUUACAGAAAAUUACGUGAAGAGCCCCAGCCUGAGGCUUCCUCAUGGAUGAGCUGAACGUGACGACUUUGGUCCUUGAGCCCACGAACACCUCGGCUGUCCGGAACCCGUCCGCUGGGGGCACACGCCAGGGAAUCCCAGCUGUGCACUGGGCCAUCCUGAGCAUUUCUCCCCUGGGCUUUGCUGAGAAUGGAGUCCUCCUCUGGUUCCUCUGCUUCCGGAUGAGAAGGAAUCCCUUCACAGUGUAUAUCACGCACCUGUCCAUCGCGGACAUCUCGUUACUUCUUUGUAUUUUUAUUCUGUCUGUUGACUACGCUUUAGAUCAUGAGCUCUCUUCUAGCUAUUAUUACACAAUUGUCACAUUAUCAGUGACAUUUCUGUUUGGCUACAACACAGGCCUCUACCUGCUGACAGCCAUUAGUGUGGAAAGGUGCCUGUCGGUCCUGUACCCCAUCUGGUAUCGAUGUCGUCGCCCCAAGCAUCAGUCAGCAUCAGUCUGCGCGCUCCUGUGGGCACUUUCUUGCAUGGUGACCACCAUGGAGUAUGUCAUGUGUAUUGACACUGAAGGGCGGGGUCCCUCUCGAAGUGACUGCAGGGCAGUGAUCAUCUUUAUAGCCAUUCUGAGCUUCCUGGUCUUCACUCCACUCAUGCUGGUGUCCAGCACUAUCCUGGUGGUUAAGAUCCGAAAGAACACGUGGGCGUCCCGGUCCUCGAAGCUCUACCGAGUCAUCCCAGCCACCAUUGUCACAUUCCUCGUCUUCGCCAUGCCCAUGAGGCUCCUCUACCUGCUCUACUACGAGUACUGGUCCACGCUCGGGAACAUGCACCACAUUUCUCUUCUCUUUUCCACCAUCAAUAGCAGUGCCAACCCUUUCAUUUACUUCUUUGUGGGCAGCAGUAGGAAGAAACGGUUCAAGGAGUCCUUAAAAGUGGUUCUGACCAGGGCUUUCAAAGAUGAAAUGCAAUCCAGGCGCCAGGAAGACAAUGGCAAUACCAUCACGAUUGAGACUGUUGUCUGAGGACACGGAGGGAAACAGUGGACAUAAAUGGUGGGGCACAGAUGAUCUGUAGUGUGUGCUUGGAGCAUGACUUAAGGGUCUCCUAAAUAUCAUACAGAAGGACACCCCACCCCAUAUGCAUGAGAUACUAAUCAACGAUGAGAUUGUUCUCCUGCACUGCGUCUUCUGGAAAUGCCUAAACAUAUGUUGGACCUCUGUCGUUUCUGUACCUAUCACAAACACUCCUGUUCUUUCUCAGCUCUUCUGGCAGCAUUUGAACCAUAAACAUGACCAUGGUUCCUACCAUGAACCAUGACAGUUACUCUAGCAGGAAGGUUUGCAGAGGUGUACAGGGAAGGUAGUGAAAGUAUUUCUUGGAACUUGAAGAGACAGAGCUGUGUACCAAGAGCAGCAUGGGUUUGGAAGUCAGGUCAACUCUGUCAUUUGCUGCCUGUGUGACAUCAGGCAAGUGACUUAACUUCUCAGCACCUCAUUUCCUCACUUAUAAAAUGUUUGAUUGCAAUAGUCCAUUCCUGCCGGGCUUGUGGCAAGGAUGAAAAGGGAAGCUAAGGUGUGUGUAGCUCUGGGCACAUUGUCGACAUUCAGUGACCAUCAGCCUCGCCUCACUCCUUUAAGUGGAAGAAGAAACACAUAUUUCUGUUUUGUAAAGCACACACACAUGAACACACACACAGCUCUAUCACGUACAAAUAUUGUUACAUGUUUUUAAAUAUUGAAUGUAUGUGUACAGAAGUCUUUCUCCCUGCAGAGUGAAAGCAUUUCACCACGCCUCUAUUGAAAAUAUCUGCAGUGUUAUACCACCCAGCCGCAUGUUAGGGCACUAUUUCAGGUCGCAAAGAAACACGUUGGGCCUCCAGUUUCUCAUGGCUUCCCUGCCCUCUGUGGGAAAGCUUGAUGCAAUGAGAGUCUGCUUUGAAAUCCUUUGUUUGAUAGAAGUUGUCAUGAAUGGAACUUAAUUCAUGAGUUGGUGAGGGUGAUAGUAUUUUGGGGGGCCCCCACCCCCAUAAACAUAUGUGGUAGGUUAUUGAUGGCCACACAUCCUCACCUGCAGCCAGGUAUAGGCUUCUGCCACCCCCAACCCCCGGCCUCCCCCACCCCAGCAUUUCUUUGGGUCAUUCCUGGGAGGAGGCUCGGCAGGAGGGGCUGAUGGCCACAUCCUGAAGGGAGCCGAACGUUCUUCCCAAAAUGGAUCUUUGAGGAUGUCCUCAGGAGCUUAGUGGUCUGCUGCUUGCCUGCCAGGACUUCAGGCAGCACGUCCUAGGUUUGAGCUGGGAAGCCUGUCGUGGCUACAUCGCCCUGUUUAAUUCCCUUCUGCCCUUUCCAGAUGCCCCAUGACCAGCUUGUUCAUGCCCAUAAAAGGGCCCCUUAGUGUUUAUUCUAACUGUCUCCA